AUGGGGCGAUCUCUGGCAGAGAGCACGCGCGACUGGGCGGGGGAACGCGCCGAGGUCGCCGUCGCGUCGGAAGACACCCCACUGCUGUCGGGAAGGGGGUCGAGAUCGCGGCCGCACAUUUCCCCCAAAAGAUCGCCCCACCGCGGCCGCACCGCCUUCUCCCUCGCCGUCGUCACCCUCACUUCGUGUCUCGUAUUGACCGUGUCCUCCCAGAACCUUGGGAGGUUCUUCGCGUCGUCGCUGCUCGGGAAUAAAGACGCGGGCCCGGAAGUGGUCGAGACCGCGCACGAGAGCGUGCGUCGGAUGGAGAACUGCGGCGAUCACAACUCGUCGUGCUACGUCGGCGCCAACGCGCACGCCGUCUCCAAGGAGGAUGCGAAAGCAGAGAUGAAGUACGGCCAGCCCAAGGGGGGGUACAAACCCACGCCCGUGCGCGGGCAGACGCGGCUGGACGCGCUCGAGCCGCUGGACGUGAUCCGCCCGUACCCCGGGGGACCGCCCCUGAACGCGAAGCAGAUGCUCGGCUUCUUCAGGAACACGCGGCGGAGAGGGAAGGCGUACUCGCUGAAGUUUUACGAAAAAGACGGCGUCGUGCACUUCAUCUACUCCAACGUCUGCGCCGACGAAAAACGAUAUCAACGGCGCGGGGCGCAGCGCAAUCAACCGUGGCCGUCGUGGUGCAACCAUGACUACGUCGGCACGUACUUCGCGCGGACCACCGACGCGGGUGACGAGGAAUGGGUGCGCUGCACGAACAAAGUUCCCAUGAACCUCAACCCUACACGGCAUUGGGGUGUCGUUUAUCCUUACACGAUCGAUAUGUCGGAGGCAUCGCUACGCGCAGGGUGGAUCAGUUGCCCGGACAUUUUGAAGGACCCGUACCGCGCGAAGGAGACGCUCCCAGAGGGCGCGGCAUAUCGGCGCGAAGAUGGCUCCUGGGGCGUCGUCGGCGCGGACGCCGAGGAUGACACCGUGCGCUCCCCCGCGGAGGUAAAUCACGAGUAUAAGUACAAUAUCCUCGGGCUGCCCGUGCGCGUUGGGGGAGGCCGGUGCUGGACGAAAAUGCCGAUCGCGGUAGGCGGCGCGAAGCUCGCGUGCGGCGACCAAGGGUACGACUACACCGACGCGGGCGGCAACCUUAGACGCUACGUGACCCCGACUUGGGAGAACGGCAUGGAGUGGCGCCUGCUCACGCGCUCGCUCGAGGGCGAGAGCAACGCGUUUGAAAAGAACGCGGUUGAAUUCCUGGAUUUUGACGUUUCCCCGGCGUACCCUGGGGCGCUGUUUGUGGGCGGAUUGGACGCGUUGUACGCCAGUUACGAGCAGAGCACGGACAUUGAGGCGAAACCGCUGAUAAACUCGGACAAACGCUACGAUAAGGUUCGUCAACAUUCCUACGUGCUCGGCGGCGUCAGCUACGUCAUCAUGUGGGAGCCCGGAUGGGUCAAUCCAUAUGAGCGCGGCUCAGCGAACGUCACGGCGCCGCCCCUCCCCGGGGUUUCGUCCAAGCGUCUCAUCCUCGGGCGAUGGCGCGAGCCGCAGCUGCCGUGGUCUACUCCGAGAAACUUUGCACCCACGGCGUAUAUCAAGGAGAAGCCGUCAGGGUACGAAUGGGACGCGCCGAGCCUUCCGCGCCCGAACACGACGGCCGAAAUCGGCGACGGCUUCACGGUCGCCGCGUACGUAUGGAUGCGCCACUUUCGGCCGGUAUUUCAGAACGCAUCGUCGCCGCCAUCUACGAACGUGCUUGCCGCGGAAGAGGCGCAGUACAGACAUGACACGAAUGGACGGAAGUACGCCAGUCCCGUGUACAACGGGACAACUACGAUCGACUGGGCGAACUAUCACGUCGAGGUGAAUGGAGCGACCGUCGGUAACAUCCUGCACAUGGGCGUAGAGUUCGACCCGGAAAAGGAGCCGCUGCCCUCCGCGAUUGACCAUCUGCCGCCCGGUGCCAUUCCGGUCAAGGGCUUCUCGCUCUACGCGCACAGGGACGGCACACUCGUCCUCGCCGCGACGGACAAAGGGACGGGUAAAAUGAUUCCUACGCGGCCGUCGACGUCAGCAGCAGCCGUAUCAACGGGCAUGACGAUUACGAGCGCGUUUGCGGACAACGAACCGACUGCUCUGACAAUCGCCGCGCCCGCGCGGUUUGCGAAAAUCUACACGCGCACGUUUUCCGACAGGACUUCGCUAAAAAAUGCGGUCAAAGAGUGUGGCAACAAGGGCUGCGAAGAUAUGAACUCAUGGGACGUGAGCAAGGUCACGGACAUGUCCAAUUUGUUUCAUCGCAUCAAUCCUAAGGUCGACGACAUCUCUGAGUGGAAUGUGAGCAAGGUCACGAACAUGCAGAGCAUGUUCUCCUCCGCUUCCUCUUUCAACGGCGACAUCUCCAAGUGGGACACGAGCAAGGUCACGAACAUGCAGAGCAUGUUCUCCUCCGCUUCCUCUUUCAACGGCGACAUCUCCAAGUGGGACACGAGCAAGGUCACGAACAUGCAGAGCAUGUUCUUGUACGCCAAGGCUUUCAACGGCGACAUCUCCAAGUGGGACACGAGCAAGGUCACGAACAUGCAGAGCAUGUUCUUCAACGCCGAGGCUUUCAACGGCGACAUCUCCAAGUGGGACACGAGCAAGGUCACGAACAUGCAGAGCAUGUUCUACUCCGCUUCCUCUUUCAACGGCGACAUCUCCAAUUGGGACGUGAGCAAGGUCACGAACAUGCAGAGAAUGUUCUUCAACGCCAAGGCUUUCAACGGCGACAUCUCCAAGUGGGACGUGAGCAAGGUCACCAACAUGGGGACAAUGUUCAGUAGAGCCAAGGCUUUCAACGGCGACAUCUCCAAAUGGGACGUGAGCAAGGUCACUACAAUGACAUAUUUAUUCAGCAGCUCGAAUUUCGACCAAGACUUAUCGAAUUGGAAUCUUUGCAAGCUGACGAAAAAAUCCAUGCUUUCUUAUCAACUCUCGCGAUUUAAAGCGGGCAUAUCAAAUUUGAAGGAGGAGCACAAGCCCCGUCUCGGUCAUUGCGUUAUGUCAACAUUUUCCAACGGUGAUAUGCUCCGUCUCGCCGUUAAAUCGUGUCUCGCCAAAGACUCGGUGAAGGGCUGCGAGAAUAUGAACUCCUGGGAUGUGAGCAAGGUCACCGACAUGUAUCAAAUGUUCUAUGGUGCCUCUGCUUUCAAUGGCGACAUCUCCAAUUGGGACGUGAGCAGCGUCACGAACAUGAGAAACAUGUUCUUCGGCGCUUCCUCAUUCAACGGCGACAUCUCCAAGUGGGACGUGAGCAAGGUAACCAACAUGGAGAGAAUGUUUUAUGGCGCUCGGACUUUCAACGGCGACAUCUCCAAGUGGGACGUGAGCAAGGUCACCAACAUGGGGGACAUGUUCAACGGCGCCAAGAAAUUCAAGCAAGACCUCUCCGAUUGGGUCAUGUGCAACGACGACGGCACGCUCACGCUAAGGAACCGUAUGUUUGCCAAUGGCGUCAUGCCGGAGUCGUACAAACCGCGUCCGCUCGUGAGCUCGUGCGCGAAAUCGGACGCUUCUGUGGGCUUGUGCAAGACAAAACAAUCGAUCGACUCGGAGACCUGGCACUCCCUCGUCGUCGCGGUCUCGGCCACCUCGGUGGACUUGUACGUCGGCGGCGAAAAGAUGUGCACGGUGGAGACGCCGAACGGGUCUUACUUUGACGGGACCGAAGACAUACCCGUGUAUACGCAGUGCCGCGGGAACGAGUGCCGUGGGGGCGGCGACAAAUCACGGAGCCUCGCCGCCCCGCACUUGCCCGCCGCGGCGGUCACCGACGUGUACGACAUGCGCGUUCAGUUUGGAGCUGCGUCGAUCGAUCCCGCCGAUCUCGUGGCGGCUAUCGCCGCGCGAGCCGCGUUCGAGCCGCCCAACCCGGACGCGUGGAAGGCUCGCUGUCUGCCGGACGGGUGCGAAGAGCCGAACAUGUUCGUGAACCACGUCCCGAUUCCCCAGGGCAGAUGGACUCGCAUACCGGAUCCUCGCUCGUUGAAGCUCUACGGAUGCAAAGACGGCUCUUGCGCAGACCCUCACUGGUGUUGCGAGGGAAAGCACCUCGGUUGGAGAGGCGGACGGGAUAAAUUCGGGUAUCCCAAUUGCGCUAAACGCAAAUCCAUCAACCCUAUCACGAAGAAGUACGACAUCUGCUGCGACGGCCUCGAGCGCGAGUAUGAUCCCAAGAGGUACACCUCGAAGAGCGAGUUCGACGACAUCAAAGCGAAACGAGCUCAUAUGGUCGCGAGCGGCGAUUGCGCGGUGGACGCACCGGCUGGGUGCUUAUCCCAAAUACAUGAAGGGUUCGCCGGCGCGUGUCCUUUGCAAGACACAAAGGCUCUGAGGUGGGGAAACAAACAUACGAAGGGCGGGCAGUCCGGGUGGGGAGGCGGCUCGGAGUGGUCGACCUCAGGGGAAGACAUAACCGCGUCGUCGUACACCGAUUUCAAAGUCACCGCGGACGGAAACAUCCACUUCGCCUCUGGGGACGACGAUAAGCACCAUAUUCCGUGGGAUUACGACGGGAUGUUCGCUAUCCUCAGAGGCAAAACCGCAACGUGCGAGCUGACCGGGUUGUGCGGCGAGGAUUUCGAUAAGCGAUCCUACGCCGGCCGCUUCGAACUCGACGACGCCGGGUCGAUACCGAAGUGGCGGUCGCGAGACGUCAUACACGGCGCCAGAAUCUACAAGACAGGCGACCACGAGGACAUCGUCAUCCUUCACCCGAACAAGGUUUGGUUAACAGACCGAAAUGGAUGGGCGUUUGAUCGAGAGACGGACAGGGGCAAACCGUAUUCGUUCCGAAGCUGGCGCAAGGAAACCAAACACAAACCGGGCGCGUGGGUGGGAAGGGACGGCGUCGACGACGCCGAGAACCCCAUCGGACAGUAUGCCAUGCUCAGUGGAAGGAGCGUCACGCAUUACGGCGUCGCCGCCAAGGGGUGGGGGUUCGCGCAUCGGCGGUUCAUCGACGGUUCCAACACGUUGCAAAGCCCGUACAUGGACCUAGCGACGUCCCAGGCGAAGUCCCCGUGGUUGUGCUCGGACAUCCUUGGAGACAUGUUCUCGCCUGACGGCGGGUACACGUAUUACGCGGUGAUGCAGAUCGGGUACAACCCAGCGACGGAACCGGCGUGGCGGUGCCUAGACGAGGCUGGGGAGGGGGCGGACACCACGCACACGUACGAGAUCUUCGGUAUCCGCCGGCUCGUCACGGACGAGUGCAAGCCGCUCACGUCGCCAGCGACGCACUACGGGUUCGCCUCGUAUCUUGGCAACAUGUACGGGGUGGACACCAAAGUGACGAGCGCGGUGUCUCGGCGCGACGGCGAUUUCCUCCUCGGCGGGCAAAUGGGCGCCCUAAACGCGCUCGGGUCGAACACGUCUUUGGCUCACACGGAUUUGACCGAGGAGGCGUCUGGGUGCGCGGACACGAAGAAUCCCAUGCCUGGAAUUUUCAACGAAUCGACUGGGCAUCAGUGCAUGGCGCAAAUCUUAACACUCGAGGGCGCUGGGUGUGGAUACGACGGCGCCCCCGAGCUCUCGUGCGGCUCGCCCAAGUCCGUGUCCUACGUCGGAAGCAACGCCACGGAGCACAUGCGCAUAUCGAACGAAACCGGGACGCUGAUCAUCGCCGGCCCAGACGGUGUCCUCGGUUUGAACCACGAAGCGAACGCCGUGCUGUGGAACGCGUGCGCAAAGUGCGACGGUGGCGUUUCGAACCCCAAAUGCGCGCCUUUAUGCGGUUUACAUCCGGGUAAGAUCCGCGUGGCCAUCGGACCGAGAGGCCGAGUCGCGGCCGUGCUCGCGUUCGGAAGCGAACCUUGCCUCGUCAACAAUGGUCACAUAGUGUGCCCCGCCCGGACAUCUCCUACGCUCGUCGUCGUCUUGGACGUGAUCGGUGGUGGGAACGAAAUGGCUCGCCUCGAGGUGGAUCAUUUCAAGCAGGAAGGGAAGGUAGGGGAUGAUUUCCCGCUCGAUGUCGCCGUCUCCGACGUCGACGGAUUGAAUUCGGGGGUGUACGUCGGUGGAUUCAAACAAGCGAUGGUGCAUCACACGCCACCAGCGCCGGAAGCGCCGUACGAUCGGCUCACGCGAAUCGCGUUCUUGCGCAAGUUCGACGCAAACGUUCGCGCGGGCGAACGCGCGGAGUAUGCUUUGAGAUGGAGCACGUGGGACUACGCGGGGUCGGACCUGGACGAGCGCGACGGCUCGGACACGCAAAUCACGCAGAUGGUAUUGGAUCGCUCCGGCCGCCUCGUCGUCGGCGGCGAGACGAACGGCUUCGAGAAAGAAUCCCUCCACUUAUGCCUUCCUGGUUCACAUGCUCAGAUCAUCACCGCACACACCGUGUUUAUUCACGACGGCUCUAAACAGCUCGGCUCUCACGUCGUCGCUAACCGAAUCUCGAAGCGGCCGAAAGAAACAUUCAGGGGCACAAACCCUAACUCUGACCUCGGCGGGCUCGUCGACCAGCUCCACGCCAAGGUGGCGUACGUCGCGAUCGUGGACCCCGUCCUCGGCGUCGUCCUCAAAGGGCAGUUUCUCAUGUCGUCGCCGAUUGGAGGCAUGCUGGCUUGUCCGGACUACUCAAAGACCGCAGCCCCAUAUUACGCGGUUUACGGCGUCACGCUCAAGGCGCUCGACGUCGAUGGCAAGGGGAACAUCGUUUUCGGUGGCGAGAUGCCCGCCGGCGCGAUAAAAGACUUAGCUGUUCUAAAAACGAACAACCGCUUGAACAACAGAGAUUUUGAAGGCUCCGAUAAGAUGGCGUCGAAACCGUACAUUGCUAUCAUGGAUCCUAAUUUGAUCACCCGCCCGAAGUGGACGUACGUCCCCGGGAAGGCGUCAGGCAAGGUGACUGGCAUCGCCGGCGGCGUGUACUGCCCCGAUGACGUCUACCACUUUGGCGCGUGCACGUCCGCGUUGCUCGUGGAACAGCCUCCGUCGGAGAUCGAUUUUGGGAAAUCUGGCGCAUUUUAUACCACCGCGAACGCGCUGCAGGUGCGUUCUAUACACUGGUCCCCAUACGACCGCGUUGGCGUGGUGAACGCCGUUCCUUAA